UUAAAGAUUUCCAUGUGUUUCGGUAAAUCCCUACCGCGCCACGUGCAAAAAAAAAUAAAAUAAAACAAAAUAAAAAACGGCGCAAUUUUGUUAAAUCGGUGCAAGCGUGUUAGUCAUUAGCAACAUUGAAGAUAGCUAUACUGGCGUCUUUGUUGCCAAUUGAAUAGAAAACAGUGAUAGCAAUCUUAUUAACGCGCGAAAAUAAUGAAAUAUAUCUUAGUUACUGGCGGCGUUAUUAGUGGCGUCGGUAAAGGCGUUAUUGCUUCCUCGUUUGGGACAUUAUUAAAGUCCUGUGGCUUGGGUGUCACAUCAAUUAAAAUUGAUCCCUAUAUAAAUAUAGAUGCGGGAACAUUUUCACCAUAUGAACAUGGUGAAGUCUUUGUAUUGGAUGAUGGAGCCGAAGUGGAUUUAGAUUUAGGCAAUUAUGAACGUUUUUUGGAUAUAACAUUACAUAGAGAUAAUAAUAUUACAACUGGAAAGAUUUACAAAUUGGUUAUCGAGAAGGAAAGAACUGGCGAAUAUUUGGGCAAAACAGUUCAGGUGGUACCCCAUAUUACGGAUGCUAUACAGGAAUGGGUGGAACGUGUGGCAGAAACCCCAGUGCAGGGCACCACAAAGCCUCAAGUAUGCAUUGUGGAAUUGGGCGGCACCAUUGGCGAUAUAGAGGGCAUGCCAUUUGUGGAGGCAUUUCGUCAAUUUCAAUUUCGUGUGAAACGUGAGAACUUCUGCGUAGCCCAUGUGUCGUUGGUGCCAUUGCCAAAGGCAACAGGAGAACCGAAAACGAAACCAACACAGAGCUCAGUUAGAGAACUUCGUGGCUUUGGUUUGAGUCCGGAUUUAAUUGUCUGUCGAUCGGAGAAACCAAUCGGUCUGGAGGUUAAGGAGAAAAUAAGCAACUUUUGUCACGUUGGACCCGAUCAGGUCAUAUGCAUCCAUGAUCUUAAUUCCAUAUAUCAUGUACCAUUGCUAAUGGAACAGAAUUGUGUGAUUGAGUUUCUCAAUGAGCGACUUCAGCUUAAUAUUGAUAUGAACAAACGCACCAAAUGCCUGCAGCAAUGGCGGGAUUUGGCUAGACGCACAGAAACAGUGCGCCGAGAUGUUAAUAUUGCCAUUGUGGGCAAAUAUACCAAGUUUACCGACUCCUAUGCAUCUGUAGUGAAGGCUUUGCAACAUGCCGCCUUGGCCUCGAAUCGCAAAUUGAAUUUGGUUUUCAUUGAAUCGUGUCAACUAGAGGUGACCACUCUGCAGAAGGAGCCCUCCAAGUAUCACAAGGAAUGGCAAAAGCUAUGCGAAAGUGAUGGCAUUUUAGUGCCUGGAGGGUUCGGUUCGCGCGGCAUGGAGGGCAAGAUACGAGCCUGCCAAUGGGCCAGAGAGAAUCGCAAACCCUUGUUGGGCAUUUGUUUGGGCCUGCAGGCAGCAGUCAUUGAGUUUGCACGCAACAAAUUGGGCCUCAAGGAUGCCAACACCACAGAAAUUGACCCCGAGACAGGAAAUGCUUUGGUUAUCGAUAUGCCUGAACAUCAUACGGGUCAAUUGGGUGGCACAAUGCGAUUGGGUAAACGCACAACCAUUUUCUCCGAUAGCCCAAGCAUCAUCAAGCAUUUGUACGGCAAUCCCAAAUUCAUUGAGGAGCGUCAUCGACAUCGGUACGAAGUAAAUCCCAAAUAUGUACCUCAACUGGAGCAGCAUGGCAUGAUAUUUGUCGGCACCGACGUCGACAAAAAACGCAUGGAAAUUAUCGAGUUGGGUGAUCAUCCCUAUUUCGUUGCCACCCAAUAUCAUCCAGAAUAUUUGUCGCGUCCCCUGAAGCCCUCGCCUCCGUUCCUUGGACUCAUUUUGGCCUCUGUGGGCAAAUUAAACACCUACAUACAGCGCGGAUGCCGUCUAUCUCCGCGACAACUAUCCGAUGCCUCCUCCGAUGAGGAGGACACUGUUGUCGGUGAUAUCCUAAAAGGUCUCAAAAUAUCCAAUACAAAUGGCAUCACAAACGGCCGUGGAGAUGGCAGCAGCACAAGCACUUCAGACACCGAAGGCGCUUGUGGCGGUUUAAAUGGUGUUACUACGAAUGGUGGAGCAUCCAGUGAUGCAAGUGUCUAAAAGGUUGAUACAUUUUUCCUUUUCCUUACUUUUUUUUUUUUUUAAAACGAACGCAAAAACUGUUGGCGAGCGCGGAUGAAUGAUAGAUAUAUGUUUGUCAAGCUGAUAUAUCGAUGAAUGUUGAAACAUUGAAAAACUAAGCAAAUCAAAUGAACAGGUGGUGGACAGGAUCUUUAAACAUGUCAAAAAUGGCAGUGUAUAAUACACAUUUGCACAAUGAAGAAUUUUUAAUUUGUUCUCGUAAUCAAAGCUAGGGUAUGGAAUUGUCCAUAAUGCUUACCUUAUUUUCUGUCUUUCUGUUUUUUUUCUUAACCAGGAAGCAUCCUUGACCAUGCUUCUUAGUCAUUUUGACCUGAAAUAUUUCUCUUUGACUGAUUGGAGAUUUAUUUUCGUUUCAUUUGACCCCCUUAACUCUCUUCCAAUCCUCUUUGCCCUCUUUUGCUAUCUUUAACCUUACAUGUCGAUGGUGUUUUGCUGAUUCUGUGACGUUUUUCUCUGGCGGUAUUA